UGACGUUUCAUGCACAUCCCCCCCAUUAACAAGAAAAAUCAGCUGCUGUGUCCUCGCUGCUCAUGUCACCGCUGCCCCGUUUCGGCUCCUGUCAGUCCGCGUCGACCCACCUGAGCGUGUCGUUUUAGUACCAGACCUUUUUUUUCCCCACCUCCAUCCUCUGCUGCUGCUCCUGUUUUCCUAAACCAGCUGGUUUCUUGCCUGUAACAUGCAGAAAAGAAGGAAGCCGGAGCCGAUCCAGCUCAACCCGAUCCCCGAUGGAAACACUAUCAACGGCACCGGAGCCACAGAAACAAACUUGGAGGCACUGCAGAAAAAGCUGGAGGAGCUCGAGUUGGACGAGCAGCAGCGCAAACGCCUGGAGGCCUUCCUGACACAGAAGCAGAAGGUGGGAGAGCUGAAGGACGACGACUUUGAGAAGAUCUGCGAGCUCGGCGCCGGCAAUGGAGGAGUCGUCUUUAAGGUCUCCCACCGACCCUCCGGUCUGAUUAUGGCGAGAAAGCUGAUUCACCUGGAGAUCAAACCAGCCAUCAGGAACCAGAUCAUUAGGGAGCUGCAGGUGCUGCAUGAGUGUAACUCGCCUUACAUUGUGGGCUUCUAUGGGGCUUUUUACAGCGACGGAGAAAUCAGCAUCUGCAUGGAGCACAUGGAUGGUGGCUCCCUGGACCAGUCGCUGAAGAAGGCAGGCAAGAUCCCGGAGCAGAUCCUUGGCAAAGUCAGCAUCGCUGUCAUUAAAGGGCUUUCCUACCUCCGGGAGAAGCACAAGAUCAUGCACAGAGAUGUGAAGCCUUCUAACAUCCUAGUGAAUUCCCGUGGUGAGAUCAAGCUGUGUGACUUUGGGGUGAGCGGACAGCUCAUAGACUCCAUGGCCAACUCCUUUGUGGGCACUCGCUCUUACAUGUCGCCGGAGCGUCUGCAGGGCACCCACUACUCCGUUCAGUCAGACAUCUGGAGCAUGGGCCUGUCCCUGGUUGAAAUGGCCAUUGGACGCUUCCCCAUCCCACCACCUGAUUCUAAGGAGCUGGAGCAGAUUUUUGGCCUUCCGAUGGAAGGGGAGGCAGCCUCCAGCGAGUCCUCUCCAAGGCCACGGCCUCCUGGGCGACCCGGCAGCUCGUACGGCCAAGACAGCAGACCUCCAAUGGCUAUAUUUGAACUGCUUGAUUACAUAGUUAAUGAGCCUCCACCAAAACUACCCGGGAUAUUUAGUGCCGAAUUCCAGGAUUUUGUGAAUAAGUGCUUGAUCAAGAAUCCUGCAGAGCGAGCAGACUUGAAACAGUUGAUGGUGCAUUCUUUUAUCAAACAGUCUGAGGCAGAGGAAGUGGACUUUGCUGGCUGGCUGUGCAGCACCAUUGGGCUCAGUCAGCCUGUGACACCCACCCAUAGCACCACAAUGUGAGACCUUCAGUCUACAAAAAAAAAUAAAGCCCUUAUCACACGGUCCUCUAGUGACCGAUUUGUAUUGUUAGUAAAUGUCUUUAUACUGCAACAAGUUGAGAAAUUAACUGUAUAUUUGGUGUACAAACCUACAUGCCAAGAGAAAUUAACAAGCCUUGGGGCCAGCUUGCAAGCCUGCCUGAUAAGCCAUCUUUUUCUAAUGAUCAAAUUAUUUAAUCAUGACUAUGCUGCUGAAUCUGUGUGCUUGAUAUUCCUCUACACCGAGUCUUUCCAGCACCAACAGAUUGUAACCUGUGUUAGCUUCUGUGAUUAAACUGAACUGUAAUGACA